AUGUCUCGGCCUAUCGCAUUUGUCACUGGAGCCACUGGCCACCAAGGUGGUGCAACUGCGCGUGAACUUGUAAAAGCCGGUUUCAAAGUCCACGCGCUUGCUCGGGACCCGUCAUCCCAAUCUGCCAUCCAGCUGCAGCGUCUAGGAGUGCAGCUGUUCCACGGCGAUUUCGACAACAUACCCGCUAUCAAUACCGCAAUGGAAGGAGUCACCGCGGUAUUCCUCAACGUAUCACCCGUUCUCUCCGACACCGAACGAGAAAUAACUCACGCAAAGAACAUCAUCGACGCUGCCAUCGCAUCCGGAAGCGUCACCAGUCUCGUCUACUCCAGCGUCACAAUGACAGGAAAGCACGAAUCAUUCCCAAACUGGGACCCCGACCAUUACCCGUUGGCGUGGUACUGGCUCAACAAAGCCCGGAUCGAGGACAUGGUGCGAGAAUCAGGCGUCAAGUAUUGGACUAUCCUGCGGCCCGCGAUGCUCAUGAAUGGCUACCAUCAACCAAUGGCGUCUCUCAUGUAUCCGAGCUUGGUUGAGAGACGGGUUUUUGCCACGGCGUAUAAGCCUGAUACGGCGAUGACGGUUCUUGAUCAUGAUGAUGUGGGCAGGUUUGCGGCGGCUGCGAUUACUGAACCUGCGGCGUUCAAUAGGCAUGAAAUUGACUUGGGUGUCGAGUCUCUGACCCCGGCGGAGAUUGUACGGGAGCUGAGCCGAGUUAGUGGAGUGGAGAUAGGGAUCGAGUUCUAUAGUGAGAAAGAGGCAAAAGACCUUGCCAUGGGAGACCUACGGAUCUAUGCGCAACUGUGGGCGAAUGAAGUUGGGUAUCAGGUCGACUUUAAGGAGUUGAAGAAGUACCCAAUUCGGCUGACCACGUUCUCGGAGUACCUUGAAAAGCAUCGGGACGAGGUCCAACAGACGUUCAAGUGA